AUGACGAGGAAUGAGGCCGGCUCCCGCUUCAGCUCUCUCACGAGCACCAGUACCGACAGCACCCGAUCAUCGGCCACUGUGAGACCCUCCAGCAACCCCGUCCCAGCAUCGCGCAAGUCGUCCAUGCGCCUCAAGACGGAGGGCAAUGGCACUGGCACCGGUACUGGCACCAGCAUAGGCAUUGGCAAUAGCAAUGGAUCCCUCGCAGACAAAGACUCACAGAGGAAAGCAGAGUGGGAGCGGGAGUGA